AUGAACAAGAAAUGCGGCACCCUCGCGCACACGCGGCCAAGAGUCACGUUGAAGAAGCGUGUUGGAUUUUUGGAGCUUCCCGGGGAAAUUAGGAAUCAAAUCUACGAGUACCACUUCCAAAGGGGCUUCAAAUGCGAAUUCGUCGAGAUGGGCGCGAAGCUAGGUCACACGCAACGCGAGUGCCUCAAGUUCCUCAGUCGAAAUCGUCGAUCAAGCGAUAUCUACGCUCAUUAUUUGCGAAGGCCGGCGCCUGUAGCGGACGUGCGCUUUUCCAGAGUUCUGGGUCGCUAUGAGCGCAUUCAAGGUCUCGAUACCCGUUGGAACACAUCUCUUACUGGCUUGAUCUUUAUAUGCAAACAGGUAUACACCGAGUGCAUAGGCUUCUUUUACCUAAACACAACAUUUGUGUUCGACUCGCCCAGCCGGAUCGCCAAUUUCUUGAAGGUUCCUUCGGCGACUAAUCUGGCCAAUGUGGCCAAGAUACAGCUGCACUACCGUGUCUAUGGCGAACCAUGGGAGACCAAGGACGUUCGAUGGAAGGAGAAACACCUUCACAGCUGGAACCGUACCUGUAAGACUGUUGCCAAAAAGCUGACCAAUCUACAACAUAUUGACAUCUGGAUUUACACUCGUGAGAGGAGCUUGCGCUUCGGCAUGGAUGAGCCUUACCUUAAACCGUUCUGCUGGUUUUGCAAACGCCUUGACCCUAGCAGAACCCUUGCAAAGUCACUGAUAACAUCAAACGUGCACCUCAUUACUGCUUAUAACAGAUGGGACUCAUUCACAGACCGAAGCUUGCAAUUGGCAUCACUACACCUUCACAAGUUGUUCGAGGAAGCAAUCGGUUGUGUGAUACUUGGUGCGAACCCAGAAGUGGCCAUGAAGGACUUCAAUGGUGCAUGGGAGAAUCAGUAUACUCAGUGGCAUCACCAUCUGCAGUUUGCAAGGACAGGAUGGUAG